AUGACAGGCACUCUUAAUGGAGCCGAACUCUUUAAUGUCAAAAACAAGGUCGUGCUUGUGACCGGCGGCGGCCGCGGCAUCGGCAAAAUGAUCGCCAACGGAUUUGUACAGAAUGGGGCGAAAGUUUACAUUGCAUCUCGCAAUCUCGAGGUCUGCCAAGCGACGGCAAAGGAGCUCAGUGCUACGGGUCCAGGCGUCUGCAUUGCUCUGCAAGUGGAUUUAACGAGCGAGCUCGAGUGCCAAGCUCUAGCAAACGAGAUUAUCAACCGAGAGUCUUGUCUUGACGUGCUAGUGAACAACUCGGGUGAUGGUGCUAACACUCCUGUUGAGAACACUCCUGCCUCAGCUUGGAGUGAGACGUUCGCGCUAAACGUGACGUCGGCCUACCUGUUGACGCGCUUUCUCUUGCCCAUUCUUGACGUUGCUGCUACCUCUCCAGACGCAGCUCGUGUCAUUAAUGUUGGGUCGAUUGGAGGACUCAUGCCGCAGAAAAUCAACACGAUGGUGUACGAUUCGUCCAAAGCUGCACUUCACCACAUGACCCGUGUGCUGGCAGCCAAGCUGGCUCGUCGCCCGAAUGGCGGCCAUAUUCUCGUGAAUGCCAUCGCACCGGGGUACGUUCCGUCCAGGUUGACAGAGGGUGUCGCGUAUCUAACGGGCAAACACUUCGAGCAAAUGAGCGAAGCGAUCCCUAUCGGGCGGAUGGGCGAUAGCGCAGAUAUGGCUGGGUUGGCGAUAUUUUUGGCGUCCAAGGCGUCCGGAUGGAUUUCUGGACAAGUAAUUACGAGCGAUGGUGGGAUGGUUGGAGCAGCUGAGGCUGGUGUGGGUCCAUCCAAGUUGUAG